AUGUCUUCGACAGAUGAAGAGGUUAAUCCCUAUGAGCUGCUCGACCUCGGGAUGGAGUCGACGGAGAAAGAAAUACGAACUGCGUACAGGCAGAAGUCGUUGAAGGUCCAUCCAGACAGGAAUCCCAAUAACCCAGAUGCGGCACGCAAAUUCCAUGAGCUGAACCAAGCAUAUGAGCUCCUCCUCGACCCACUUCGGCGACUGGCCCUUGAUGCGAAGCUGCGACUGCAGCAAGCCAGAAAGGAACGCUUUAAGGCAUAUGACAACAAGCGCAAGAACCUCGUCGAGGAGCUGGAGGAGAGGGAGCGCGCAUUCAAGAAGGCGAGGAUAGAGAAGCAGAAGGAGGAAGUCCAGACGUGGCAGUCUAAUGAAAGAAUCAAGGAAGAGGGGAAGAGGCUGAGGGAGGAGAAGGAGCGAGAAAUGAAGGCUAGGAUGGCACCACAAGUGCCCGAGGUCGAGGAGGAAGCACCUCCACCAAUGGAUUCACUUGACACAACCGUCCGUAUCAAAUACCCACUCAAGACCUACCCCAAUCUCACAACACCAGAGAGCAUCUCUAAUUUCCUGAAGCGGUUCGGAGCCACAGACGAGACUUCGAUCGUCCUCUCGCUUUCUCUCAAAUUCAAAAAGGCCGCCGAGAAGUCGGAAAAAGCGGAGAAAACCCCGAAAACAGGGAGUGCGCUCGUUCCGUUCAAGCAAAUCGGGGACGCGUUCGCGGCGGUAUGCGCGAGUGGACGGAAGGACCUGGGGUUGGACGGUGUGAAUAUUACGUGGGUUAAGGGGCAGGAACCAGCAAUUCUGGGAUGGCUGAAGAAGAUGGGCAAGCUGGGCACACCUGAGAUCACGACGGCGGCUAUGAAGAGCUCGGACUCAGCACCAUCGGCGAGGUCCUCUCCACCCAAGGAAGGAAGCAAGGCUGAGUUGCCCCAGAACCAGUCGCGGGGACUCGGUUCAACGCCUUUCUCUUCCUUCCCCUCUUCUCUCCCUGAUGCUCUCCCAACCUCAGUUCCAUCGACCGCCCCACCUGCCCCUGAGAUCGACUACGAGACACUCACAUUGAUGCGUCUGCGCCAGGCUGAACGAGAGCGGCUCGAGAGAGAGAUACUAGAGCAGGAGGCGAGCGACGCCUGA